CCCACUAACACUACUAUAAAUACGACACCCCGAGCUCUCUUUGUUGCAUAUCACAUUAUAUUUGACUACGUAUAACCUAGCUAGUUUUAUUUCUUGCACCAAAAAGUUUGUGUUGUUCAACAUGACAACCGCCCACAAAUACUACGCCUUUUUUGUGCUUUUUCUGUUCCUGAACUCUAUUUUCAUUGCAACUGAAGCCCGUCCCUUCAAUGUCAUGGAGACUCGAAGCGCUGCUAAUCAUGGAGGUUGUGGGGGUUUCUUUGAUGGUUUGUCUCUCAAAGCAAUCAAGCAAUCGGGCCCGAGUCCUGGAGAUGGGCAUAAGUUUACACAACAGCAGACCCUUGGAGGAAUCAAGCAAUCGGGCCCGAGUCCUGGAGAUGGGCAUAAGUUUACACAACAGCAGACCCUUGGAGGAAUCAAGCAAUCGGGCCCGAGUCCUGGCGAUGGACACAAGUUUACAGAACAGCAGACUCUUGGUGGAAUCAAGGAAUCUGGCCCCAGUCCUGGUGACGGACACAAGUUUACAGAACAGCAGACUCUUGGUGGAAUCAAGGAAUCUGGCCCCAGUCCUGGUGACGGACACAAGUUUACAGAACAGCAGACUCUUGGUGGAAUCAAAGAAUCUGGCCCCAGUCCUGGUGACGGACACAAGUUUACAGAACAGCAGACUCUUGGUGGAAUCAAGAAAUCUGGCCCCAGUCCUGGUGACGGACACAAGUUUACAGAACAGCAAAUUCUUGGAGGAAUUAAGGAUUCUGGCCCAAGCCCUGGCCAGGGUCACAACCAUGUUAAUGGCGUGCACGAGUGACGACUACUGCUUGAACCUGUUUACGAAAGAUCAAUUUAAACGUUGAUUGCAUCACAAGAAGUUCUUUUUUUAUUGAUUCAUUUGUUUGUUGUGUACAAGCAAAGACCAGCUUUAAUUAAUUACUCUUUAGCACACAUCAUUUAUAUAUGGUUUAUUCACUUUGUUUUGUACUAA